AUGGAUCAUAAACACCCUUUACCUCUCUCCACUACCAGAACUCCCGCGGCCACUUUCCCUCUGACCCAUGGCUCCGCACGAUCCAAUGAAAUCAUCGAACCACCAACACCACCCACCAACCGACCAUCACCCUUUCACCAUGAUGAACCCGAGGCCAACGCUUUCAAUGCAAACGCAAAUGCAAAUGCAAAUACAACAGAGUCCCGACCAAGACACUCCCAUCGCCAUCUAUCCGACUGGCACAAUCACAAUUUAGACGGAGCUAAAUCCCAUCACCGCCAUAAACACAGCAAGUCGCGCGAGAUCCGCCUCCCACGUCCAAUGAGCCAUCUUGCGUCAUCGGCAAGUGCCCGCGGUCUACUUCCCACCUGGUCGGGAAUUAGAGAUAAGGAUCGAGAAGGCGAUGAUGGGUUACUACGGCCUAUUACACGAGAGACCACUCGAUCGCGCUGGGGGUCAGAUUCGACCUCGGGAUUAGGCUCCCGGAGUCGCAGUCGGACGGGCAGUCUCCUGGAUCCCGCAGAACAACAGGAACGACUAGGUCCGAUUCGGAGACAACAGAUUCAGUCAGCGGCGGAUUUGGAGCAAGUAACAAAACGAAGGAAACAGGGUGAACAAUAUCUCCGCUCUGCACUCUCCUCCAUCGGAACAUUAGCGACUGAAAUCACCCGGCGACUGGACUAUACAUAUUACAAUCUACUCGAAAAAUGUACCUCAUUAAACUCGACCAUCGGUUCAUUCCAGGACCUCUCAGACUCCGCAUCGACCCUCCUCAAUGAUUUCGAACACGAGACAGCCGGACUCGACCAAGAGAUCCGAAAACAGUUAAAUGACCUACGAGGAUUCGAGCCACAAACCAAAAAGGCCGACGCUCUAGGGAAACGAAUGAAGCUUGGACGGCAACGAGUCGAGGACCUCGGUAAAAGACUAGAUACUGUUCGUGGGGAGAUUGAUCGCUGGGAACAACGAGAGUCAGAGUGGCAGUCUCGAGUGAGGCGUCGACUACGGAUCUUCUGGACGAUCGUGACAGGAGGCUUACUUGUUCUGAUAUUGGCGCUUGUCAUUCAGAACUGGCCUACGUCGGAAUUCCCAGAUCAACUUCCUGGUUCUAAUGAAGCAUGGAACCAGACCGGGUCGCUUGAUAUCACAUCAUCGGGAACAUGGGACUUCGCUGUGGAUUCACCGAUGGUCACUGGUUCUUCCUGGUAUCCCUCUAGUCUGGCAGCUCGCCAAAAGAGCUUGGAACAUUCGAAAAGUGAAGCUCUCACUAGUUCUCGGACGAGGUCCGACGCCGCCCCUACUGAUCAUGACCCUCUACGUGUAUUUGAUGAACUAUAA